AUGCCACUAAAGAUGUAUACACGCGGUCAUCAGCAGAUGAAGAGCUACAGGCACAGCUGCUUGCUGCCGAAGAAAAGCGACGUGAAAGAUUUGAAUCUGUUGAGGAGGAACGUGAAAAUUUACGGCAGUCAAUACGAGAUAAGUAUGGAAUCAAGAAGAAAGAAUUUCUCGAUAUCCCUGAUUCGCAACAGCGCCGUAGAUCCUUAACACCCCGUCAUUCAGUCAGUUCUGUGGCGGUACCGAACAGGCAAAUUGAAGAAAAGCAAGGCCCGC